AUGGGCAUGUUUUUCGGCGACUUCAAAUGUAAGACAGAAGCCAACAAUAAAUUAGUACAACAUCUACAAAAUUCUACAAAGCACAAACUUUUGCCAUGGUGGAAGGAAUGGACAUAUUGUAACGGUUUCAUGAUAAUCAACGAAAAAAUCAUUUGGCAAUCAGUGUAUGAUGUAGGAUUGAAUAAAUCUGACACUAAAUUUUUAGAAUACUUGGCUUGCUCUGAAAAUACUGAUGUCAUCAAUAAUUAUUUAGACAAUCUAAUAUACUAUUACCAGUACAAUUAUAGGAAAAACUAUCAAUAUCUUUUUAACAGUUUGUUUUAUAUUAAUAUUAUUACGAAGCAUGCGAAGAAUCAAAUUACACUGCAGUACAUAUUAAACAAUUUUCAAAAAAUAAAACCAAGUAGUGAUAUGAUACCUGCAGUAUUUAUUAUUAUUAUUAACAACGUAUAUUUUGUAAAUCAAACUGAGCUAAUAAAGGAAUACGUCGAAACAUGGUACACGACAUUUGCAGGCACGUUUCAUAAAAUGAAUAACACAGAAGAUUUACUGAAAAGACAUCAAUUAAAGGAUUCCAUAAUAGAGAAUUUGGACAAAAUUAAGAGCAAAGUAUUAAUUCGCAAGAAACAAAUCAAAAGAGAGACACAGACACAUUGGUGGAUGUAAAAAAAUUGCAGCUUUGCAUACGGACAUACCAUUAUAUGAACACUUUUUUAUAUUGUAUGCAUUAUUUUUUUACUGCUUUAAUUAUUGUUUAUUUAGAUGUAUUACUAUUAAAUGCUUCUGUAUUUACAAACUUUAUGACUGCAUGCAUCAAUAAUACUAUACAGCUAUAUAAUAUUAUAAUAAAUUUUACUGUUGAA